UGCUUGAGGACCAAUAUCCAACGGACUACACAGAUCCAUGCUGCCCAAAUCCGAAUGCUGUGGUGGUGGAGUCGUCAGCCAAUCGAGUGGCAGCCUUGGUGCGACGCAGAUCAACAAGAACGCGUGAGGAGGCAUCAUAGACUCAUGAGACACAAAUACGCCAAAGCCUGGAGACGGAAAGCAAUGUGGGAGAGAGAUGAUUCUCAGCCGUGGUCCUGGCGAUCUGCUCGCUGGCUGAUCAACAACCGGUGCUAUGAGAGGCCAAUCUCAGCCACCAGCCCACCCCAGCCCCCAGUAGACAAGGAGCAAGAAGACCCUCUUGCUCGUCGUUCUGAUCCACACUAUAAUCUUUCCUUCCGCGCCUUCGUCGACUAUAUCGACCGGGAGGUCGCCAGGGACCCUUAUGGCGUUUUAUUCGGUAAACACCUGGAAAGCCCUCCCUCUACAAACAACUCUUCUUGGACGUCCUUCUCUUGGAUGUUCGAAUCCAAGGCACGCGACGCCAAAGAACCAAUCUAUAACACAAGCCAGGAACCCUUAUCAUCUCAGCCAGGGGCCUCAUCGAAUGAACGGAUCCCAAUCAACAGCCACCCAAUCACCCCCCCAAGCAAAAUCUCCGUACCAGGCUCAAAGCCAGAUGCUGUAGAAGAGUAUGAGUACGAUCCAAUCACCAUGAGGAAUGUCCCCAAGACGAAGAACACUGAGUUUCUACCCAAGCAACCCUUUCUGCAAUCGCUUUUCUCCGAGCAUGGCGUUGAUAUUCCAGUCAAGAUCUACCAACCCCAUAAGGUCUUUGGAUAUAGCUCCAAGGCUAGCUCAAGGGCAUCGUCCCAAGUCGAAGUCUCACAAGGCCCCAAGGCACAGUUGGAAAGUUCGACAAAAUCCGAGAUCUCUAGUCUAAUGGCCCGAACGAAGGGUAACAGUAUCAAUACAACCGCUCAGUUCACAGACGUCUCGCCAGACCAAGAGGUUGAAGCUUUAACAGCGGAUUCAGUGGCCAAGACGCGCUCUCAACAGUCCGCUGAACCAGACGAUCACGCACCACUGUUUUCAGGCACCACAUAUGCAGCAAGGAGCUUCUCGCCGGAUUCUGCCUCCACUCCCACGUCAGACUGGCUCUCAAAAGAAGGUUUUCGAACAGCAGGUGAAUCAACAACCAACGAGAAGCAGAUUGAUGACAACGUCGUGAAAAUUUCCGACCAGAAAGUCGAAAGCAAACUUGAGCCUGCAUUGGAUCGAAUGAGAGUGGCUGCGGCCGAGAGUGGCACCAGUUCUGACUCUGUCAGGCUGGAGCCUUCCAUUGAUCGGCACGCAGGAAAGGCCUCUGAAGGUAGACGGACUCGUUUGGAAGCAACAAGAGGUGCAACCAUGCUCGAUUGGGAAUCAGAAGAUGAUGUUGAUCUUCUCCGUGCGAGUGAUGUCCGUGCUGGCACAAGGUCUGCGCGAGUGUCCAAACAACAAUUGGAAAAAUCAAAACGCAAGACUAGAUUUGAGUUGGAAUCAAAUUUCGCCAAAAAUCAGGCAAACAGUAACGAGGCUGAUAAUCUCGACGAAAAUAACAAGGCCGCUGGACAAAUUUCCAAAGGCCUGGCAAGUAUUUGGAACCAUAUUAAAGAAUAUCCGAGCGGUAUUGUUUCAAGGACAAUGCAGUCAAUGAACACUUUCAAUGAUGACUAUAAGAAAUAUGUCAAACCCAGCAGCGCUUCCAACCUUACAGAAAAACUAGUCUUCAAAGGUGAGAAUUUGAGCAAAACGCCAUCCAUCUAUCGAGCCACAACAAAACAUAACACUGACACUUUGCCCACUUCUCCGGAUGUCGAGAAAGAGGAAAAGGAGCGCUCAAGCAGGAUCGAAAGGCUAAGAGCAGCUACCGAAGAAAUGAAGAAGGACAAUGAAGUUAUCAAUGCACAGUUAUCUCGGUUGGCGGCCGACAUCAAGGUCAUUUACGAGGAAGAAUGUGGUCCUAUUGGAACACAGCCCACUAGCACUUCGGGAGACUCAGUAGUUCGUCGCCACAAACAAAAAGCGGCAGUAGACACUUCCGAAGAUUGGGAUGUUGAAGAUACUCAAUCUGAAAAGGCCAUUCAGGAGGCAGAGGCAGAACUCCACACUAUGAAAAAUGGUUUUCAGGACACGGAAGCCGAACACGGAAAGUCGGCGAAGCUUAGGGCCGUCAUGGAUGGAACGAAAGAGCUGCGAAGAGAGCUUCAUGAGACCGGGAUGGCUAUAAGAGCGAUUGAGAGCGGAAGACCGCAGACUGUUUGGAACACUCCGACAGCUUCAUCUACAAACUUUGGCAAGAAGCGAAUGGAACUGACAGACCGGCGAGCGACGGUAAAGAAGUCCGAGGAAGACAACGGUGAACGGAUACAACUGAAUCUCAAUGAGCAUGAACCUACAAAACCCACUCUAUCAGGACCACCGAAGGAAGAGUUGCCUCAAGAAGUCCCAGGUCCUGUCUUCACUCCAUCCCAGUCCCCAAUCUGGAAUGAUGAACAGCCUCCCCCCAUCGAGGAUCUGAAAGAGAAAUCCGCCGAAUCAACUUACGUUGUCUUAGCUCAAGAUGGGUCAACCGGUAAGAUAGAAAUGUCGCCCCUGAACAAUGUCCCAAUGUCUUCAGACAAAGCAGUCAGCCCAAUCUUGGUACUGUCAAAAUUGCACCGCGCCUCAGACUACCUGGUACAUUUUGAGAGACUUGAAAGAUCAGGAUACGAACUCUACACAGGGUCAAAGAACAUGCUCAUUUUCAGAAAACAGCAUCCAGGCGAGGUUCGAGAAGCUUCUCCACUGUCCACAGACUCGAGCUCUGCUCCCUCAAACUCCCUUGCCGUAGACUCGGUGAGCCCGCCGAAGCAAACGGCUACAGUGCUCGAUGAACUCCCAAGUGAAGUCGACCCGUCUCCAGGUUCAGCUGCGCCAGCAGCAGCACCAAAUCAACCUGCGAAACAACCUGAGCAGCACAUGCUGAAAUCAAGAGUGCGUCGACAGGAGCAAGUAUUUUCCGGGACUAUGCGGCCAGGGGAAGACCCUACGAGAGAGUCUAAUCAUGAGGAAAGCUUCGCACCCACCGAGCCUGGGGCAGCGCUGUGGGAGAAAUUUACACUGAGUGUGAAGCGUGCUGUUCUCAUCGCUGUCGCUCUAGGUGGUGUGGCAUACGCAAUAGGGUUUGUCGCUGAAGGAAUAGGUGCACAGACACAGAUACAGAAUGGCAUGGGCAACGGUCAAGUCCAGGGGCCGAGGAAGAGAAUUGUUAUGACCGGGCAAAGACCGGGCAUUUACAGCACAGAAAGUUCAAGA